AGGCCUGGUGACGCUUCUAUCUGUCAGGCAUGCUGGCAAUUGUUGGUCAGAACGGUACGCGCUGAGGCCUAGAAUUAUUCGCGCUAGCAUCUUGAUUGGGGUCAGACCUUGCGUAUAUACCCGGGCGCGGUGCCCUCGUGAAGCGGCUUUUUUUACACUGCGAAAAUAUAAGGACCCUACUGGCCUACGCGCGCCAUACCAUGCGGGUUGGCCCUUUGAAGUCUUCUGGUUUUUGCUUUUGUCUUUUACUCACGUCUUUCCGGAGUCCCGGGAUUUCCGGGAUCCCGGGAUUUAUCGUGAAACUGGUGAAAAUGUGAAAAAGUUGCAUUGUUUUGACUGCUAAUCGCGAUGGCAUGCCAUCUUUUUCACGAGCUUUUUCACCGUGAAAAAAAUCGUGAAAAAGCCUGCCAAUUGUGCCGCGAAUCGCAAUGCUACGGGCCUUGUUUCCGGAGUUGGUUUGUCUUGGUUUUCCACGGUAUUUCGCGAAAGCCGCGCAGCCAAAUCGCGAUGGCAUGGCCCUUUUUUCACGAUGUUUCUCACCGUGACACAAAUCGGAAGAAGCGCUGCGCGUCUACCUUGAAUCGCGAUGGUAUGCGCCGGCUUCCGGAGUUGGUUUCCGUGGUUUGCCACGCGCGUCGCGUUUGUGGGCCGCGACGGUGUGGCCCGUGUUUCACGGAGCGCCCCCCUUGCAACGCUUCUCGCCAGGCUUCUGGCUGGCGUCGCGAAAACCCGCACCGCGGCACAUUGGGGCAAUAUUUCCGUUGCGCGCCCGGGCGCGUGUCUACUUUUCCCUUGCUGGCCCUUGCCGGCGCGGGCCAGAAAGCGCACGCCCUAACGGCACGGCCCCGACUGCUCGGCGCACUGCGUGCCCUGGCACAUGUGGGCGCCAGCGCUUGGGGGCAAUACUUUCCCGCGCGCUUUCUUAGUGCGUGCGCCGGCGCAUGUGGGCAGUAUUCCCCGCGACACUUCUUGGCCUUGGGUUCUUGCUUGCAUGCGCAUUCGCCUCCCUAUCGCUUGAGUUCUGGCGCGGGUUGGUUGUGACUACGGCGCUGUUGUGUUGGUUGUCAAUACGCCAGAACGACAAGCCGCGGGGCCGCGCGUUGUCGUUCUGGCGUAUAGUUGUCGUUCUGGCGUAUUGACAACCAGCACAAGUCAAGCGGCCUUCCUAACCAACAUGGACACCAUUGACAGCCCAACAGGGCUGCUGCCCGUAAUUCUUGCACAGGCCCCCCGCCCGCGCAGGCCGCCCCUGCCGAUCACCUCGGCACGCGCGGGCAGCAUUUCCACGGCGGCGGCCGCAGGCAGCGUUUCCAACUCUGUACGCGCUGUCCCACGUCACCAUCGCCGGGUGUUCAGGCGUUAUUCGCGGGCCUUUGCGUACGUCUCCCCUGCUCCAGCCGCCGCGUAUUUGCGGUUGACCCCACGCAGAGGCCUAGGUGGCGCCACUGGUUACUCCAGCCGCGUUGUUGCGGUUGACCCCGCGCAGAGGCCCAGGCGGCACCACUGGUUGCUCCAGCCGCGUAUUUGCGGUUGACCCCGCAGCCGCACAGAGGCCUAGGCGGCGCAACUGGUUGCUCCAGCCGCAUGGGACCCAUGAAUGUGCUGGCACUUGGAAGGGCAGGGGCGCGCCCAUUACCAAGGCGAACAGCGAGGGCCCCCUACCUGCGGCAGCGGGGGUGGCUGCGGGGCGGGGCCCCGCUGCGUUUGUUUCCCCUGCUGCGGGCGUGGAGCGAUGUACGCGACAGGAACCCUUGCGGGUGGGAGAGGAAGGCGGGGGGCCCCCUGGAGCAGCAGGCGCGGCGUAGGCGACAGGAACCCUUGCGGGCGGAAGAGGAAGGCGGGGGACCCCCUGGAACGCCAGGAGUGAGGGGCGGGGGCACCCUGCGGGCAGGAGAGAAAGGCGGGGAUCCCCCUUAGGCGCCAAAGGUGGAGGACGGGGGCCCCCUGCGCGCGGGCGAUAUUUACCGCGGAGAAGGACGGGGGCCCCCUGUGACCCCAGGCGGGCGGCCCGGGAGGGGAGCGGGGGCCCCCUGCGGAGGCGGAAGGGCGGGGGCCCCCUGCGGAGGCGGGAUACGCAGCGGGCGGGAGGGCGGGGGACGGGGACCCCCCGCUUUCCCCGAUGGUAUGCUUGACGUAAAAACAGCAACCUUCGCCGUUAGGUCGUGCUUACAAAUCUAGGCCUCAGCGCGUGCCGGUCUCUCUUCUAAAUGUGUCAAAUCUUCUUGUUACGCAUCGAGCUUUUUGGUCUUCUUCGUUCCGUCAGCAGAGAUAGCGUCGCUCCAUGACCACGAUGCUAUCCGAAUGUCCAGAUAAUGCUAGUAUUCAGUGAAACACCACCCAGCGUAGUUUCUAUCGUGCAGAUUGUAUGACUUUCACGAGAUAAGCAUGAAUUUGAAUUCUUUGGAACACGACAAGAUUCGGGGAUAUUCUGCUUGUAAGGAUUGCAAAAAAGACCAGC